AUGGCCCAGCCGACGCCGUCGACGCGAUCGCGGUCGCGCGUCGCGCGCACGUCGCGCGGGACACCGCGACGGCGUCGGGCGAUGCCCGGGUGUCGCGCGAUCGCGCGCCCCCGGGUCGUGGGCGCGUCUCGCGCGCGCGAUGGACGUCGCGGGCGAUCGCGCGCGGUGACCCGAGCGGCGGCGACGCCGGACGAGCGAUACGCCGCGCGCGGCGUGAGCGCGUCCAAGGAGGACGUGCACGCGGCGAUUCAGACGGUCGAUAAGGGAUUGUUCCCGAAAGCGUUCUGUAAGAUCGUGGAGGACAUCGCCGGGGAUGAGGCGUGGUGCACGUGCAUGCACGCGGAUGGGGCGGGGACGAAGACGUCGUUGGCGUACGCGUACUGGCGAGAGACGGGUGAUCUGUCGGUGUGGCGAGGGAUCGCGCAGGAUUCGAUCGUGAUGAAUACGGAUGAUUUGUUGUGCGUCGGGUGCGUGGAUAAUAUCUUGGUGUCGAGCACGAUCGGGAGGAAUAAGGCGCUCAUUCCGGGCGACGUCUUGAGCGCGCUCAUCAACGGGACGGAGGAGGUCUUGGGAACGCUUCGCGAGUGCGGGGUCGGGGUGAAGUCCACGGGUGGUGAGACGGCGGAUUUGGGGGAUUUAGUGCGCACGGUGGUGGUGGAUACCACGGUGACGGCGCGCAUGCGACGGGAUCAGGUGGUUAGCAACGACAACAUCCGCGCGGGCGACGUCGUCGUCGGUUUGGCGUCCUACGGCCAGGCGACGUACGAGACGGAGUACAACGGCGGCAUGGGGAGCAACGGUCUGACUUCGGCGCGACACGACGUGUUCGCGAAGAGUGUUGGACAAAAAUACCCGGAAACGUACGACCCGAGCGUUCCGGAGGCGUUGGUGUACAGCGGCAAAUAUCAGCUCACCGACGUCGAGCCGGAGACGGGCAUGACGGUGGGCAAGCUCGUUCUGAGCCCGACGCGCACGUACGCGCCCGUGGUGAAGGCUGUCCUCGACGCGAUGGAUGUCAAAGAUAUUCACGGCAUGGUGCACUGCAGCGGCGGGGCGCAAUCCAAGGUUGGACACUUCUUGUUGGACAACCUGCGCGUCGUCAAGGAUAACAUGUUCCCCAUCCCGCCGCUCUUCCGCCUGAUUCAGGAGUGCUCCAACACGGAGUGGAGCGAGAUGUACAAGGUUUUCAACUGUGGGCAUCGUCUGGAGUUCUACUGCGCCCCUGAACACGCGCAAAAGAUCAUCGACAUUAGCCAAAGCUUCAACAUUGACGCCCGCGUCGUCGGUCGCGUCGAGGCCAAGGAGGGGAAAUCGGAGGUCGUCGUCAAGAGUGAGUACGGCGAGUUCACGUAUUAA